AUUGCAGUUGGGGAAACGCAGGUCCGCAGGUACCGUGCCGAUGGGAGAGAAGGAACCAAAGAAAGAAGUGACUGCCCCUUGCCAUUCUUGCUACAAUGUAAUAGUCUUCCCUCGACAUCGAUUCUGGGCCUCUGUCUCUUCCAUCAUUUCAGUACGCUCCAGGUUCCUCCAAUAAAUGCCAAGCUGAGGCGCCACCGACCAAAGGGCAGCUGAGACACCACGAAUGUCAGGAUAUCCCAAGAUACGCGACGCCUACUGAUACUUGGCUCGUGGAAUGCUGGUCUGCCGCGUCGACAGCCUUAUUAUACCGAUCCAACGUCCCACAAGCUCUACAAACGAGACUUUACCUUUCCACACAACUUGGAAAGUCACACUUGCGGCAACAUGGCUUUCUACCAGAUAAAUCUGGCCGUUUUUGCGGCGGGCAACGGGUAUCUGCUCUACCAGCAGUACAAGCGCCAGGAACAAGAAGUCAUCGAGGAGCUGAAGCAGGAGGCGGCCGACUCGGAGGAGGGUUCCGAUGGAGGAGAUGUCGAGCAUCAGCAAUUGCUGUCUUCGCCUGUCGAAUCUCAAAAUGCAGUCCGCCAAUUCCAGCUGGACUUCUUCCCGGUCUACGCCCUGGCAAUGGCGGCGGAUUGGCUCCAGGGCCCCCAUAUCUAUGCCAUCUACAGAUACGAGAAGAACAUCCCCGAGAGGGUCGUGGCUGCUCUCUACGCUGCAGGCUUCGUGUCUGGCGCCAUCUCCGCGUCUUUUGCCGGCGAGCUGGCAGAUCGAUACGGCCGCCGCCUUGCCUGCCUUACGUACUGCGCUACCUACAUCCUCACCUGCCUGACGAUGCUUACCGACAACCUCUUCAUCCUAUUCCUCGGCCGAUUCGCCGGCGGUGUUUCGACGACACUUCUGUACAGUGUGUUCGAGGCCUGGCUGAUUACGGAAUACAACCAGCGUGGUCUUUCGCGGACGAACCUCAAACUAGGCUCCAUCUUUGGCAACAUGACCACCAUCAGCUCCAUCGUUGCAAUCCUGUCCGGCGUCGUUGGUGACAUCUUGGUCAACUCACUGGGUGGCCGCGUCUGGCCUUUCAUGGCAAGUGUGGUCUGCUCCGGGGCGGCCAUGUGGUUGAUCUUGAAGGGGUGGAGCGAGAACUACGGAACAAAGCAGCAUGGCCCGGCAACGACAUCACUCGCCGAGGUCAAGAGCGGCAUCCAGAUGAUUCUGGCUGAUAUGCGAAUCCUGUCAUUGGGCCUGACGUCGACCUUCUUCGAGGGAGCCAUGUACCUCUUUGUGUUCUUCUGGUCUGCUGCGCUGAAGAGCGCGCGAACCAAGGCUGGCUCAGACGAGGAGCUUCCUUUCGGGCUCAUCUUUUCCAGCUUCAUGUGUGCUAUGAUGGCUGGAUCUUCCUUCUUCUCGCUCUACACCAAGACACACUCCAAGGAGACGACAUCGCUCAUCCUUAUGCUAGUCGUGCUAGUGGUGAGCUGCUGUCUGUCCGGAGCGGUCGUGCUGGACAACGAGAAGCUGUUGUUUUGGGCGCUGUGCAUGGUUGAGGCUAGCAUUGGAGCAUACUUCCCAAGCAUGUCGUUCCUGAAGAGUCAGGUUGUCGAGGACGGGGUGCGUGGUCGAGUGUACAGUCUGCUGAGGCUACCUCUCAACGUCUUCGUUGUCGUGGCGCAUAGCUUGGAUGAAGAGGGAGAUGGACACCGAAACGCCGUCUUUAUGACUUGCGCUGCUCUGCUGAUGAUGUCCUUCUUCAUUGUCAAGAGGAACUUUGCCCAGGGCUAAUUAUGGAUAGACGAGGAUCAGUGGCGCAGUGUCUAUCUUGGAACGAAGUGAAGUUGAGUGAAAGGAAUGGAGUGGGGAGUUUGGCAAGCAAAGAAGCAUGACGAUAUCAAUGGUAUCGAUGGUCCAGUGGGUAGAGAACAACAUUGAGGAAAGUAGAUGAUACGUGGGUUGGGAUUACUGCUAAAUACAGCAUGGCACAUACAUACCUUAGUAGAAUGGAA